AUCCGUCAGUCGAAGCUUGGAGUCGGUAGCUAUUGUGUGUCGCGAGCCAUCAGUUUUUGAGUGUAUGUGAAAUCGUCGCGUACUGGUUCUGUGGAAGUUGCUCUCGUUUUGCGUCGACUGUUCACGCAGCGUGACGGGCGUCGUCUACUAGUUUCACUGUUUUGUUAUUAGGUUCAGUUCAACACAGAAUUAUUUACACGGUAUUUGAAACUAGCCAAGGCCAUUCACUUCACCAGUGUGCUAGCUGCUAGAGUAGUACUGGCAACACGGGUCACACAAGCGUUGCCAAUUCUCUGGCAUCCUUUCAAACUCACACACACUAUCAAGAGUCUUCUCUCCCCUCCCCUCUUGUCCUACUCCAUUCCGAUUACAACAACAUCAACGGCGCUUCCCCCCUCCCCAUUGCCACCUCCCGUUCAUCUGUCAGAAUAGGUCGAAACCGCUUUCCGGGUGGAGGACUCUCGCGGCGCGCGUUUACACUCAAAUUCCUAACCUACAAAUUUCUACUUCGUACAGUCUGUUGUAGGGUAGGCUACAUCGUGUUGUGACAAUAGGUCUCUCUAGGUUACACUCAAAUUCCUAACCUCCAAAUUUCCACCUAGUACAGUCUGUUGUAGGUGUCUGGAGUGGUGUACGUUUGAAACUAAAAAAUAUCAGUGAAUUGUUUCGUGAUGCGGUUUAGUCGAUCGGAGCUCCCCGACUGAUUGUGCAGCCUCAACCGCCAACAUGACCGAUUCCGAAACAGUUGUCGACUUUGAAAAGUCGACAUUGUCCGAGUGUCGAACGAACUUUGUCAACGAAAACGACGUGGAUGAGAAAAACAUUGUGGAAAACAAUUGUGACGAACAAGUUGUGACGACACAGGUGGAUAAAGUUGACGAACUAGGCCACGAGUUGUUGGAGAACAGUAAGAAUGUGCUGCAUAUCAGUGAAUCGGACCUGUGUCGAGAUGAGGAGUCUCCAGCAAUUAUUCCGAAAAUAAUCAUGACGAAGGAGGAUGACAAUGAUGCCAGCUGUAGGCGUCAGGUGGAGGCUUUCAUUGAGAGGGAAAAGGUGGCGUGUCUUGAAAGUUCGCCCAUUGAAAACUGUGAUCACACCGCUGACCAUGUAAAUGUAGCUAGUGAGGAGCUUAAUGAGACCGAUCUAGGUAACGAUCACCAACAAAAUCAUGAUGAUAUUCUGAUGAUUGUUGAAGAUGGUGAUUGUAUCUUAGUUUCCAGCGAUGAUCAGGGCCGUGGUGUUGAAUCUAGUGCUGUCGUCGAUCAAGUUGAUGGAAUUUCCAAUUCGAAAACUGUGGAUAGUUUAGGGGAUGAGGUCGUUGUUGAACCUAGUACUGUUGAAAGUUUGAAGGAAACUAGGACAAUAGUUAGACAACACUCACCCUCGGCGACCAUUAUAAAAAAGCUGGCUCCGAAAACUUGGGACGAGUGGAUAAAGAAGGCGCCCGGCUCAGCCCCGCCCCGUCUGAAGAAGAUGGACUCUGUGGAGUCUGAAGGCGGUGGUCUGCGCCAUGAGACCGCUUCGAACGCCUCCAACGAGGCGGAGACAAAGUCGCUCGACCUGGAGUUGAGUGUGCCGUCGAAGACAGAGGAGAGGGUGAGCAGUCCCAAAGUGGUCAAAAAUACCAGAUUCAAAAUCAUUCCGCAAACGUUGGAUGUGCUGGAGUCUGAUCCUCCUUGCCGACGUGAGCCUCUGGCGUCUCUGAGUGAAGCUGACGAGGAUGCAAUGUUGGAGAACCCAACCAUCAUGCUGGAGAGUCACCUCAACGAGCUGACCAUGGUCGAGAGUCAGCUGAAGAAAUUGAAGCUGGAGAAGCAGCGGAAGCAGCGCAAGGGCAGCCAACAGACCGCCCCCACCCAGCAGCAGCUGCAACAGCAACGCAAGGGCAGGCGCGCCUCUUGGAUUACGGCGCUCAAGGCGCUCUAUCAGGCGCCGACGCCUGUCCGCGCCGCGACGCCGGCCGCCCCCACCCCCGCCAAGCACGUGCCAAGGCCCAACCGCCUCGCUGCGCCGCCCCUCAUCGCCAAUUACAAGCCAAAGACCGAGUCAGGAGAGAGUGCAGGCACAGGGACAGGCCGAGUCUCCUCGUCUAGAAGCCGCACUGCAGAUGAGCCGCACAUCGGCAAAUACAAGCUACUCAAGACCAUUGGCAAGGGCAACUUUGCCAAGGUCAAACUUGCCAAGCAUGUACCCACGGGUAAAGAGGUAGCUAUAAAAAUAAUAGAUAAAACACAACUCAACCCCGGAAGUUUGCAAAAGCUUUUUAGAGAAGUUAGAAUAAUGAAAAUGCUAGACCAUCCUAACAUAGUUAAACUAUUCCAAGUAAUAGAAACCGAUAAAACGUUAUAUUUAGUUAUGGAAUACGCAAGCGGUGGUGAGGUAUUCGAUUAUCUAGUUUUACACGGGCGAAUGAAAGAGAAAGAAGCCAGAGCGAAAUUUAGACAAAUAGUCUCCGCAGUCCAGUACUGUCACCAAAAGAAAAUCAUUCACAGGGAUCUAAAAGCUGAAAAUUUAUUAUUAGACAGCGAAAUGAAUAUUAAAAUAGCAGAUUUUGGAUUUAGUAACGAAUUUACGCCAGGAAGCAAAUUAGAUACGUUUUGUGGUAGCCCUCCCUAUGCCGCUCCUGAACUGUUUCAGGGAAAAAAGUACGACGGUCCAGAAGUUGACGUGUGGUCGUUAGGUGUGAUCCUGUACACGCUGGUCAGCGGCUCGUUACCUUUCGACGGAUCGACGCUCAGGGAACUGAGAGAGAGAGUGCUCAGAGGCAAAUACCGGAUACCUUUCUACAUGUCGACCGACUGCGAAAACCUUCUAAAAAAGUUCCUUGUCCUCAACCCAGCGAAACGAGCAUCCUUAGAAAACAUAAUGAAGGAUAAAUGGAUGAACAGUGGUUACGAGGAAGAAGAACUGAAACCCUACUUGGAGCCCGAACCCGAUUUCAAAGACCUCAAAAGGAUAGUACAAGUGCAGUCUGUAAUGGACAAAUUUGUUCCAGAAGCCCUAAUGGGAAUGGGCUACAGUCGAUCAGAAAUCGAAGACAGCUUAGCUCAGGCUAAGUACGACGAUGUCUUUGCAACGUAUCUCCUGCUAGGAAGGAAAUCAGCCGAUCCGGAGAGCGAUGGCUCGCGUUCGGGGAGCUCGCUGUCGCUACGCAACAUGCAACAACAGCAGGGCGGCGGCGGAGGCGGUGGAGGCGGAGGCGGCAGCGGAGGAGGCGGAAGCGGAGGCGGCAGCGGAGGCGGAGGACAAUCGCCUUCACACCGCGGCGUCCACCGCUCCAUCUCGGCGACCAACGCGAAGCCGUCGCGACGCGCCUCGUCAGGCGGAGAGACGCUGAGAGGCGGCGAGUCGGCGGCCAAUGGCGGUACUCAAUACAACUUGAACUAUAUAGCCCACGUCCUUCUUUCAAGAGGUGUACCGUCGGGGGCGGGCAACACGACCAACCACAAUCACAGCUCCGGGGGCGGUGGAGGCGGCGGAGGCGGUGGCGGGGGUGGCAACGUGAGCGGCAGCAACUUCAAGCGACAGAACACCGUUGACUCGGCCACCAUCAAGGAGAACACGGCGAGGCUCAACUCCAGACCUACCAAAAACGCUGCCAACCUUCCUGUGCUCGACUCCAACGUGCAGAGUCCUGGCAAACCGAGGGGCAAAUCGAACACAAUGCAGGGUCGUAACCUGAUCCCGGGAGGGUCAGUAGGGCGCCGAAGUACGAUCAGCUAUGAAGCGAAAGCAUCAUCCAAUGAAAAGACCAACAACACGGGCGAAACACCUGGUGGCGGCGUGGAAGUGGUGGGUGGAGGCGGGGGCGGGGGCCGCCUGGGCAAAGGCCACAUCAAGUCGGCGUCCAUUUCGACGUCGAGCCGGCCGGCGGCGGCCGCCAUAGAUCAUGACUCCACCCUGUCCGACCCUCUCCGUCAAAGCAGUGUGGGUGUUUGUCGCGGUGCUCCAGUGUCACCAGCGGUCAGCAACCGACAGCCGUUCCCGCGCAACGUGCCGAGUCGCUCGACGUUCCACAGCGGCCAGAAUCGCCAGCGCGGCUGGUACGGGGGCGGCGCCCCCUCCCCCACCGGCCAGCCCCCCCAUGAUGGCACGCAGCGGCCAUCUUUCUUCUCAAAGCUCUCCUCACGAUUUUCCAAACGACCAAUGGAUCCAGUUCCAAAACAUGUAGUUGGAGGUGAGAGAGUGAAUGAUGACCAGGUGAAGCCGCGAUCACUGAGAUUCACUUGGAGUAUGAAGACAACCUCAUCCAGAGAUCCCAACGAGAUAAUGGCCGAGAUCAGAAAGGUGCUGGAUGCGAACAACUGCGACUACGAGCAGCGCGAGAGGUUCCUGCUGCUGUGUGUGCAUGGAGACCCGAACACCGACUCGCUCGUGCAGUGGGAGAUCGAGGUCUGCAAGCUGCCGCGUCUCUCUCUCAACGGCGUCCGCUUCAAGCGCAUCUCAGGCACGUCGAUCGGCUUCAAGAACAUAGCGUCGAAAAUCGCCGACGAACUCAAACUGUGACUACCGCUCGAAGAGUCUUUCGACUGAGGCCACGCCCCUCCUCCACCCCCACCCCUACACUAAAGUGGAUCGACUCUUCUCUCAAACACUGAAAGCUUCUUCUGUUCACCAUCACACGUCACUCGUCAGCGCCAGUUUACUUUUGUACGUUUUGUAAAAUGGAGCAACUUGGCACCCGAUUCAAACAAUAACACUUGAAUGCAACCGAUUCCUCCAGGAGUGCCUCUCAAGCCUCCGAGAAACUGCUACAAAUGGUUUCCCAUCAUUCGGGGAUCGUGUUAACCUAUUAAUCAACUGUAGUAAAAAUAUCGCAUAAUAGGGGAAUAGCCGUUCUAGAUUGUGUAUACUCUUCCUCAACUGAAUUAUCCGUGUUUGGUUUUUAUCGAAAAUAUGUACAACUUUCAUCAUCAAUCUGGGGAAAUGUUGGGUUCAAUUUUUUUAUAAAGGAGUUUUGUACAUUUCAAAUCUGUAUUAUAACGUUUCUUAUAUUAUUGUUGAAUUGUGUAAAUUUAAAGUGAAUGUGUGAACAUAAUUAUGUAUAUCCAAAAUGUAGAAAAAUUAAUAUGUAUUGUAAAAUGUGGUGAAUCAGUUUUGUUUUGUGUAACAGUUCUCAAGCUAAAAUGUAACAUGUUUCACUCGUGGUUUUGAGCAUCAGAAGAAUUUUAAUUAGAUGAUACUGAAUAAAUGUAUCAGUCACUUCGUGCCUUCAGCUUGUGUAUGAAUAGAAUUCGCCUGAAAACUUGGCUUUCUAAUAGGCAAGCAGUAAUUAAAAAAAAACUGAUUGAAUUUGAUGGCACUUCACAACCUUACGUUCUUUCAAAUUUUCUAUUGAAAAGUAGACAUUAUUUGCUUUCUGUGAUGAGGUACAUGCUAGUGAAUUAAUUAUUAUAAAACAUCAAUUACCCUUUGAUAUUGGAAAUGAUAUUCUUUAUUAGAAACCAUGCAUAAGAUAGAUACUUAUUUGAAAUGAGUUUAUUAAGAAUACAGUUUUGAUAAUUUAGUGUUGAAAAUCAUAAAAAUAUCAAUGUUUUAAAAUGUGCUUUUUUCAGUUAGGAACUCGUAACCUGAUACCAAUACAUAACUGUAAAUUUGCUACUAUUGAAACUUCCCUGAUUGAUUAAUAAAUUCUUGUAUUCAUCGAAUUAUUAGAUUACCUGUUUGUUGAGUAGAAAAAAUCCAGAUGAAAGAAAUACAGAAUUUUACAAAUCAGAAAAAUAUAUUUGCAGAUGAGCUGAGUUAUUGAAUACACAUCACUCAAUUUGCCAAAUCCUUUUUUAACAAACUUAAAUAUCAUUGGCGUAUCAAUCUACUGUUUCAAAUAUUUUUCACAUAUUAUGUUGUGGUCGAUUCCAAUUUGUAUUGAUUAGAGGUGUCAUGGAGUCAUAGUUUGUGAUGCAAUUUUGAGAAUGAUUGCCCAUGCCCAUGGUCAGCAGAAAAGUGUAAAGUUGUACAAAAACCAACAGCAGUGAACUUUCGAAUAGGAUUGCUAAGUUUGUAGAUAUCAUGGGUGCUUCUCUUUUAUCAUUGUAAUUUUAUGUAUUGCAUAAUCGUGUGUGUAGCAACCGGACAAGUUAGUGAAGUUAAACAUGAACUUUGAAUGUAAAUAUAAAACAAGUUGUUAUAAUAAACUCUUUAGUUUGUAAGUAUACAAAACCUGAGCUUAACCCGAGUUUUAAUGAGAUAAGAUGUAGAAAGAAGUGCGCUCGGCCUGUGACUUACACCGUUCAGCUGUGGCGACUGUUCCAAAUAUCCAAGCUAUUUUUCCCGUUGUCGAUCAAAUCCUUGUUAAGUCUGCACAUAGCCAAAAGAAAUGGACAGCAUUUGUUCACUUUUCUUUUUAAAUUAUCGUUGAGUUGUUUGUCUGGACUAUAAUAGGUAUUAACAUGUUUAAUUUUUAUAAUAUAGAAAUUGUUCAAUUCAUUUUCUCAAUAAUAUGUAUCAUGUUAUUUGAUAAUAAUAAUGUAAAUUUUCUUAAGCUCAAUUCAUGCAUGACUCAUGUGCUCCCCACUAUAAAAAUAUUAAUAUUCCUACUCCUCGUUUAUUAUUAAAUACUAGCACAUCUUAGGUUUGAACUCUAUUAACUUUACUUGAUGUUCAGAUGAUAUAUGAUAAGUCAUGUUUGGAGAAAUGUGGUUAAAAUGUUCAAACCUUUGCUUGCAAUUUUUAUGCCUAACAUGAAAGUCAACGUUUAUAAGCAUUUUCAAGUUGGAAAUUUGACAUAUAUUUGUAAACUAUUAACAUUUAUUGAUAUUAUUGAACCAUACAGACUUGUGUUUAAUAUCAAUGAAACUGAUUUUCAUGUUAUUCCUCAUGUAUCGAAAAAGCUGUGAUGCACUUACUGAAUUUUUAGAGUAUUAGAAGACAAUAUAAAAUGUGUCUGUAAAAAUAGUAACCCAAACUUAUGUAAAUACCGUAAAAUAGUUGGUAUUUUCCAUACUUGAGAUAUCAAACAUAUUCUUUUGUCAUCUUUAAAAGGGAAGUUAGUUCUUUUAUUAGUUUGUGUGUAAAAUGAAAGUGUUGUUUUCUGGUAAAGCUAUUAAAUAGUAAUAAAUUAUUAUCAUUUAUUGUGGAAAAUAAGUCGACAGAUUUUCAGCUUGAUGUUUAGCUCAUAGAAAUCUAUUGUUUGAAAAUUAAUAAUGUCUCUAAUAUGCGGGUCUUAGUCAACCUUCAAACUGAGGAAACAUAAUAAUUGUUUUCUCUCUUAUCCCAUACUCCUGCAAAAUUGUUCACUUUCAAAACUUGAGACAGAUUAUCAAACUGAUUUAACUCGAAAUUUAAUAGAAUAAUGUAGAUUUUCCUCAAACUCUGUCUCGAAUAUUUCCAAACUUUCUAACACGCGAUAAAAUUUGACACUUUUUUAUAAAUUUUAUACCUAAAAUAGUAUAGACUCUAAUAAAAUUCGAACAAGCUGAACCCGACCAUAAACACAUUUUUUCUGUUGAAUGACAGGAAAUUAGAGCUUUAAUAAAUAGCCCUUGAUUUGUAGCUCUUAUCUAAUUGAGUAAAGAAUUUCAUGUAUGAGACUAAAAUGGGAGCAAAAUAUCAGUCGACAUAUUAAAUAAUAUAAGUUUUCCUGGGAAAUGUACAUAGAAAUAUUGACAAUGUAAAUAAGAACAAUCCAUUUUAAUUAUCUUAUUGAAUAAUUUUAUCAUUUAAAAUUGUCAAUCAUUUGGAUGUUCGUACAAGAAAUGAAUAAAACCUGAAAAUUUUACUGCAUCUUGUCUGAGACUUGAAUUGCAUCCAAUGCAUCAAUGUUUAGCCUAUCGAAAAUGAAAUGAGCACAACACUUCAUGGAACAUGGCGACUCGUUAAGAUGCCAUGUUUUGUGCCUUAUAUGUAAAACUAGUGUAUUGCAAAUCAAAUUAUGCAGUUUAUAUGAUUAUGAGACAGUGGCAUUGUCCAAGCAAAUAUAAUGUCCACACAUUCUAUUUAUGUCGGCAAUACUUCACUCCAACUUACAUGCUUUAAUAAAUUGAGCUGGUUUACUCGAUAUGUUAAUUUCAAUUUUAAAAUCAUGUUGCAGUUAUUUAUGAAAUUCUGGCAACAUUUACUUAUCCUGAAAAUUGUAAUUGAUAAAUUCCAUGAAAAUCUAUUUGCGUGUUAUUCUUUUUAUAUGUAUUAUUUAUACACAGAAUUAUUUUAUUAAUAUCUUAAGCUAAUGUGUUUCUUCGUAAUUGAGAGCGUUUUCUCUGAAACAUGGACUUGAUAACCUAACUAUAAUUUAUUAUUGUAAGUGCGUCAUCGACCAAAUCUGUGAUUUAUGAUUUGAUGUUGAUCGAUGCUGAUUUGCCGAAGGAUGGUUGAGCAAAUUCAAUUAUGCAAAUUAGGCGAUUGAUGAUUCUACCUUAACUAGAUAUGGCCAGCAAAAUAACAUUUUCAAAAAAUUAACUAUUUUUAUUUUGUUUUAGCUUCAUCAGUUCAUAUGUUUUCAUGUAAGCUAAAAAUAAAGUCUUCUGGUUAUUGUCAUAUAAAAUA